UCAGAAGGUGGGAAGCACCAACAGCCGCCAUUAUGGCAGUGGUCAGCAUCGGAGCAACCCCUUCGAGGAAGAAGAAAAUAAUAAUGCCCACAAAAGGAAUAUAAAAAAAAUGGGAACGUAUACACGAGGAGAGAAGAAAAUCAAACCUAUACACGACGAAGACAAACUAAUUCAAGAUCUGAGAAGAGAGCAGAGGAUGAGAAUGCUUCAUCUGCAAAAGCAACAUGGGUGGAUUAGAAGUCAUCAGAAAAAAAUGGCUAGCUGUUUUUUUACCUACAGAAGGAGGAAGACAAAAGAUGGAGACUUGACCCACGAACCCCUCGAGCGUGGCCCCCAAGUGGAGGAACCAAAGGCGCAAAGGGGUUCGCCCAGGAAAAGGAGACUUUUUAAAUGCCUAAGUGAACCCGAGUUCGGCAACAGUGAUGACCUCCUCCCAGGGAAGGGGAAUCAAAAGGCGAACGAGGCCUCCAAAAGGAGAGCAGAAAGGGCAGAAAGGGCAGAUAGAGAAACUGGGAGGAUACCCAUCGAUGAUUCCUUCCUUAACAGUGCCAGUUACCACCGAGACGUCGGAUACCACUCCGACACGAGAUGCAACCGAAAGAUAAGUCAUGACAUAGGGCCAUAUAGCAAGAAGGCAAAGAGGCAACUAAAGAAAAGGGUUCAUGUAGAAAUGACUCCAGAAAAGUUUUACAAUCCUGAUUAUUUUACUAAUAUGUAUGCCAAACUAAAAUCACCACUCGUUCAAUUUUUUGAUGAAUCCCUACUACUACAAUUUGACCCUCAAGCAGAUUAAUGCACAGUCAAAAUGAGCUGACCAAUGUCUACUGUAUCGAUACUAAUAACUGCACUGUUGUCACGGAGGAUAAUUACUAUAUUACAGACGUCCUUCAUAUCGUAAGUAACCACACAAGGAACGAAAUCAACCUAAGUGUAAACAAACAAAACGAGUUUAAUUUAUUCUUCAAGGAAAUUGAGCAACUUAUUUAUAAGAGAGAUUUUAUUAACAUGACCAUUUUGAAAGAAAUUAAAGAAAAAACUCUUGAGUCGGUCAUAAAUAACCAUUCGAAGAUUUGUUUUUUUUGUAAAACGGCUACUGGCAUAAAAACGAAAUGCAUGUUUCCAUCAUGUUGUACUUAUUUUCAUAUUUCUUGUUACUAUGAGUUUUUUUUGCAUAGUGCACAUGUGAUGUGUCAGUGGAGGAGGGGCACCAAGAGGGGGGACGACCGACUCGCCCACAGGCAUGCGGCGCAGAGGCAUGCGGUGCAGAGGCAUACGGCGCAGAGGCAUGCGGCACAGAGGAAUGCGGCACAGAGGAAUGCGGCACAGAGGCAUACAGCGCAGAGACAUACAGCGCAGAGUAUGGCAGCCAAGAUAACAACGACAGAGGACACCCUUCUCAGGAUGAAUAAACUGAUUAAGAGACGCGACCACAGGAAGAGGCGCUUGCGCAAUGGCGUGGGUAACGACGAUGCCAGUUUGGGGGGAAGCGGCGAAAAGGGUCGAAGUGGGGAAAAUGGUGAAAGUGGCCAAAACGACCAAAACGGCCAAAACGGCCAAAACAGCAGGGGCGCAUUCGAAGAGGAAAAUCUGAACCAAAAAGUUCGAUCAAAGAGCUGCCACCAUGAACGUCACCAUGAACGUCACCAUGAACGUCACCAUGAACGUCACCAUGAAUGUCACCAUGAACGCCAACAUGAACGUCAACCUAACCAGAUGAUGGUGUUAGAUCAGCUGAAGCAUAAUGUAAUGAAAACAGGGCCCUGCAAAAAUCCCGAAAUGGGAGAUCGACACGGGAGGAGAUUUAUGGAGAAUACUUCAUCUUUUUGUAGCGAUGUAAACCUGGUAGGAAUGAACAGAUGUAAUAAGCUCACGUUUAAAGAGUGUGGGAAGCAUCCAACGAGGGAUUAUGUCACCAUAGGAGGUAUGCCUCUUCAGGGUGAGAAGCCAGACGUGAGCAUGCACAAACUGAUGCAGAGGGUCACUCAGAGGGUGGCGCAGAAAACAGCUCCGAAAACGCCACCCAGGAUAGCGCCCAAGAUGACCCCCAAGAUGGCCCCCAAAAUGACGACAAAAACGCGGGACCGAGCGGAUCGAUCGGAUCGACCGCGGAGGGGUGUCGACUGCGAGAGCUUUUCUUCCCUGUCGUCUCUCCUCUGCUCGUCCAUACCAUCCGACUACCACGAAUCCUCAUUCGGCUCCACCAGAUCGUCCGAUCGCUCUCUGUCCCUCCACUCAAAGUCGAAUUCGAUGUCUCAACACUCAUUGACAGUUCCAUCGGCGUCAUCUUCAUCGUCCAGCACAUACGCGUCAUCCUCGGGUUGCUCCUCCGAGUAUGCAUCCGAGUAUGUAACUCCUUCUAGAAGAGUAGCACCUGCAAAAUGGGACAUCCCUUCCUCUUCUUCUUCCUCCUCCUCCGCUUCCUCUGUGAUGUCACAUCUUAAUGGAAAGGCCAAGUCCAUAUCCACCUCCCCUUCUGUAGCGUCCAAUAGAUCAUGUCGAAAUAGCAACUCCCUAUGUAGCAGCAACUCGCAAGAAGCGUUGUCUUCCUCGUGCGGAGAGGGAUUCUCAAAUUCAAAGUUGGGAGGUCAUAUAGGGAACUCAAGCAAUAUACAUCAUAGUAAUGCCAAUAACAACACGGAGUAUGGAGGAAGAAAUUCCAAGACGAAUAUGUUAGGUCUCUUCACCACCAACGUAUCUAACAUCGGAAAUAGUUACUUGGAAAUGAAAAAUAUCAAGCUGGCUUUGUGCAAUGCUCACAAUAAUGAAAAUGAUAUCAAAACAGUGUUGAACCUUAAGUUAAAUGUAGUUAAUAAUAAGAGGCACAGCAAUCUGGGGGGGAUCUUUUACCAUUACUAUAACUCGUUCCUCUCCUCUGUGUUUUUCGCGGAGAAGUUUGUCCACAUGUCGGAGGGGGGAGAAGCUCCCAAAGGGGGGGAAGCCUCCAAAGGGGGAGAAGCCCCUCAAGCGGGGAAGGACACUAACGAAUGGGUGAACAACCAAAUAGAGAGCAAGAACGACCAAGUCAGCCAAUGCGGAAACGAAAAUGGAAACGUGCUCCAAGAGAAAAAGGUAGACGAAAUUAAGGAUGGAAGUAGCACCCCGUCAGGAGAGUGCGACACUCAGGAGGGCGUAGCCACCCCCUCGGAAGAACAAGACAGUCGGGGAGAAGCAAUCAGCAUAGAUGAUGCUGUGGCCACGGUAGGCAUGGUAAGCACGGUAGGCACGGUAGGCACGGUAGGCACGAUAGCCACGAUAGGCACGGUCGACCCCGCUACCUCCGCAACGGCAGUCAACCCACCAAACGGAGAGACGCACAAACCGAGCGACCACACCCAUAAGAGAAAAAUCGGAUGCCUUUCCGGGAUGUCUAACUCCGAUGGGGAAAACGAACAGAAGGGGAUAAAACAUUCAGAGCAGCAUGGCGAGGACGACACAGAUGUAGCGCAUGUAGCGCAUGUGGCGAAUGUAGAGCAUGUGGCGAAUGUAGAGCAUGUAGAGCAUGUAGCGCACGUAGCGCACGUAUCACAUGGAAAUAAAAAGAAAAAGGCUAAACUAAGCAUUGAGGAGGGCGCGGGAGAGUUGACCGAAGUGGAGCGUGGCACGCACAACGUUGACCGUCAUGAUGGUGGUAGGUGGCGUGAUGAGGCUCACGUGGAAGGGGGGAGCUCGGACCACCCAGAUGAUAAAAAGAGGGAAAAAGAACCAGCGAACGAGCUGGAAGUAACAACUGACUAUGAUAAUUCCCCGGCGCAAGAAAAGGCCAACGAAUGUGACACGUUGAGAGAUGCGCACGAGGAGAGGAGCAACCAGGUGGAGGGGGCGGCGGAAGGAGCAGUCGAAGCAGUGGAAGGAGCAGUUGGAGCAGUGGAGGGAGCAGUCGAAGCAGUGGAGGGAGCGGUCGGAGGAGCGGUCGAAGCCGGGGAGGUGCAUAAACAGCAGGAAAGAACAGCCGAGGCGAGGGAGCGGCAAGGGGACGUCAAAGAGAGUGAGGAGGAAGCGGCCCCCAAAGGGGUAGCGGCCACAAGUAAAAAAGCGGCCCCCAAAGGAGAAGAGAACGACCUCGCGCUGCUGCUGUUCUUGAACUACAUCAAUCGAGUUAUCGACAACGUAGAAGCCAGCGUGAUCCUAAAGAACAACGUGUGCGAAGGAGUGUACUACCUGCGACAGGAAAACGGAGUGAACAUAUGUCAGAAGGUGAGUGGCCGAUUUAAAAAGCAGCUGAAGAUACAAAACAUGAAGAAAAAAAAAAAAAAUUAAAUGGACUUGAAGAAAAAAGUUGAUGUGAAUAAGUUCGCCUACCUCUUCUAUCGACUUCCUGUACUACUUUACGGAAAUACAUUUGUAAGCGAUGUGGAUAACUUGAAGUACAUGGUUCAGAUAAAAAAUGUUUUACAUCAUUAUUUUGAUUUUUCGAAUUCUCCAAAUAUCGUUGGUCUUGUGGAAUUACUUAAAGGAUAUGCCAACCACUCCAUGUUUCAUAAGACUUCGAGCAACUCGAGGAGAAGCGUCCAUGACAGGGAGGACAAGUGCGGCACGAGGAGGAAGCUUUCGGCCAGCGGCGCGCCGGUGGGGGCACCGACAGAAGCGGCAGAAGUGGCAGGAGCGGCAGAAGUGGCAGAAGUGGCAGAAGCGGCAGAAGCGGCAGAAUCGACCGCAGGGACAGCAGCGGCAGCAGCGGCGAAGGCGUUGCGUCAGGAUGGCGAGGAGCAGCCCUGCUUGGGCAACUCGUUCGACGCGAUGGCAGCAGUAGGUGCCACUGCCACAGGGGGAGAGAACGGGGGUGAUGAUACCACUGCGCAACUCGAAAAUACAGGCGAACGGACGGGCAGCAUUGCUACGAUGACGGAGAUGGCCUCCACUGAACAAAUCGAAAAAAAUCAAACAAAGAAUCAUCACCCAUUUGGUAAUGAAAAGGAAGACAUUACAGAAAAUAGAGAUGCAGAUUUAGUUAAAGGAAGCACGUGUGCCAGCACCGUGAGUGCGUAUUGCCCAAGUCUGCUCGGAGACAACCAUUAUGAUAUACAGGACAAGGAGCUGGUAAAUACACAUGAAAAGGAAUCAAGAACAAAGAAAAAAAAAAAAAGUCAAUUGCAAACGGAAGUAAUUGUAAUCUUUAACUUAGUGUUCUGUCUGUUCGACAACGGGAAUCAUAUAUACCUUUUAAUCUACGAGUCGGACAGUGACAACAGAAAGAAGUAUGCAAAGAAUAAACUCCUUCGAAAAAAAAACGAGUGUAACAAUAUCGAUUAUUUUUUUAGGGAGCUAUACGAGAAGGUGCAUCAGAGUAGCUCGAAGGACGGGGCCUUUUCAAUUUUGAAGGCUCUCUUUUGUAAUGGGGUCGGUGCAUCGGUUGGAGAAUCCUCCUCCGCGGGGCUUUCCAGCGGGGUGAUCCCCCAGGGUGGAAUUGGCUGCAUCGCAUCGAGUGACUCGACUGCGUCGAUGGGACCAGCUGGAUUGGCGAGUUCGAUGGGAUCAACUGCUUUGGCGAGUUCGAUGGGACCAGCUGGAUUGGCGAGUUCGAUGGGAUCAGCUGGACUUACGAGUCCGAUUGGGUCGAUGUGGUCCAUGGGGUCUAUGAGCGGAACGAGUAACCGCAGUGGAAGCAGCAGCAGGGCUAGCGGCCACAGGGCGCACUCCAGCCCAAGCGCGAAUGCAAGCGUGAACGCAAGGAACGUCGCCACGGGUGCUAGCGGCGGCAAUGUCAGCGGAAGUAUCAGCGGCAAUGUCAGCGGCAAUGUCAGCGGCAGUGUCAGCGUUGCCAGUCCCGAUGAGCAAAACUACCUCAGGAUGAGCGAAAUGCUGCUGAACAAAAAUGUCCUAAAAAAUAUACUCAACAACUUUAGCGCAUUUAAUAUCACCAAGAAUAUGAACUUAAAACUGGCCAACGUUAUCGAACUGACUUACUACGAUUACCUUUUUAUAAAGAGACACAAAUUUUUUUACUCGAGGAGGGGUGUGAAGAUUUACGACAUCUGCAACAAUCUGUAUGGCGAGGGGGAACCCGCGGAAGAGGACCUGGGGGGUAGCGUCGUCGGUGGAAGCGCCGUCGGUGGAAGCGUCAUUGGUGGAAGCGUCGUCGGAGGGAGUGUCGUCGGAGGGAGCGUCGUCGGAGGGAGCGUCGUCGGUGGAAGCGCCGUCGGAGAGAGUGUCGUCGGUGGAAGCGCCGUCGGAGAGAGUGUCGUCGGUGGAAGCGCCGUCGGAGGGAGCGCUAAGAGGAGUGCCCACCAGUUGGCGCACAAGCUAAAAGAAAUCGUCGCGAAAUUGUACGCUGGAAAAGGCAGCAGUAACACCUCGUUCAAUUUUAGGGGCAUGGUAGCUAGCGAUAGUUGCCACCCUGGGAGUGGGGACGUCAGUAGGGUUACUCCAUACGUUAAGGACGAAAAGGCCAAGUUGGGAGGAGGAGUAGUCACCCCGAUGGGAAGUUUCGACGUCGCGGCUGGCUGUAGUGGAGGCAUUACCGAUUGUCGCCAUGUAAGCCCCUUCCUGUGGGGACCAGAGAACGGCACCUUCGCAGGUGGCUUCCUAGGCGGCUUCCCAGGAGGCUUCCCAGGCGGCUUCCCAGGAGACCUCAGCGGAACGACCAAGAUGAUGGCCUAUGACUUUGCCAAGAAUGGAAACCUGCUGAGCAAAGGAGUCAAGGAAAAAAUUUUGAAUAAACAGAUAACGAAGAGGAAUGACAGGAGAGACCAAAAGGAUGGCCAAAGGAGUAGAAACAAGAAGGAGCAGAAGAACUCUUUGGAUGAUUAUCCUAAGAGUUGCAACACAGGUAGGGGAAAGCUACCCUCAGGAAAGACAAUCACGAACAAUGAAUCUGGUGAAUAUGGCAACUUGGAUUUUGUCACAGAUCAGAGCAGAGAAAGCUCAAUCAACUGCAUCAUAAGGGAGUCUCUUCUGAACCGAUGCGAGGACAGCACCAUGUCGGAAUUGGUGAAGGAAAUAAUUAAGAGGUACAACUCCUUUGGGGGGAACACGAGAAGCGGCUCCAGGGGGAAGUGCCACCCCGCAGAAGUGCCCCUGCACCCGACCAACAGCUUCAGCGCGUACGACGUGUAUAAAUUGUUUCUGCUGGAUAAUGACGCGAGGGGCGGCGAGAUAGGCAGCGGGGUAAGCGGCGGGGUUGGCAGCGGGACGAGCGCCUCGAUCGACGGCUUGGUGAGUGGUGGAGGUGCUGCUACCCCCCCUGGCGCAGCGAACGAGCCACAGGUGGCACCCCUCUUCAAAAAUAAAGAAGAGAAAAAAAAGUACCUGAACAACGUCCUCUUCGAUAAGGCCGCCCUAACCAACUUUCGAAGCUUCGUGCUAAAAAAAAGGCAAAUGGAUUUUUUUUACAAAAGCUGGAACGGGCUAGCAAAUUGCAUAGAGAGGGAGAAUAACUUCGUGGAUAUUGGUAAUAUUUUGUCCUUCCACCUGAACAGGAGUGACUUCGUCAAACAGGUGAAGUGGCGCAACGUCGAGGAGGUCGAGACGAAGGUGAGCUUGAGCAGGAGCGGGGUUGGCAGCGUUGGGGGGGUCAAAAUUAAGGCAGAAGACAAAAAAACAGGUUCCUUCGCUACGUCGCCCAGAAUCUGCACCAAAAAUGGUAACCACACGAACGUGGGAAAUUCCAACCACGCGAUUGCAGAUGGAGAAAAUUCAAGCAUGUGUAAGAGCGAGGCCGCAAGUGGGUCCUCAAUCCCUGGAGAAGGUCAUUCGCAACCACGUGAUGGAGCCAAAAAUAAUGAAAAGGAAGAGAAGAGCACAAGUGACAUUGCCGUCACGAUUGGUGAUGGAAAGUGCGACCUCAGCGGACGUAAUAUCUUUUCCUCCGUUGUGAAGGAUCAAAAAUGUGAAGAAAUAGUCAAAUGCGCGAAAAUCUCAAGCAAUAGCAGAAGCGUUAGCUCGAAGAAGCAGCUAGUGAAGGAAGAAAAAAAAAUCCACUCCGAUCUGUCCAAUCAUGACAAGAGCGAGCAUAAAAGGGAAGACCAAAAGGAAGGCCAAAAGGAAGGCCAAAAAGAAUGUCAAAAAGAAGGUCAAAAAGAAGGCCAAAAAGAAGGCCAAAAAGAAGGCCAAAAAGAAAUCCAAAAAGAAAGCCAAAAAGAAAGCCAAAACUAUCGUAAUCGCAAUCGCGAUCGCGAUCGGGAGCACCAGCACGAGAACGAUGGCGAAAGCUUUGACGAACUGAUCAUCCACAACUAUGACAAAAUGAAAGACCUCUAUAAUAACCUAAAUGAAGAAAUAGUAAAGAACAAACUGCUACUUAUGAGCAAAAUUAUCGAUGAAAAUCACUUUUACAACGUUGCUGAUAUGCCCAUGUAUGUAAAUUUGGUCUUUUACAAAUACAGUUGUGUUAACACUUGGAACAACUUGGUUCAUAAUUUGAGGGAGAGCUUCGUAAGGGAGGAGGAACACCUUUUGAGUACAAACGGGGUAAUGAACAAAAAAGUGGGUGCUCCAAAUAAUCAAGAUGAAGCGUUUUUCCUGACGCCCACGCCGACAACCUUGCCAACGGCGGCAGCGUUGCCGGAGGAACAAAACCGUUCGAGCGAUGGUUAUGGAGGGGAGAGGGAAGAGGAUCGUAAUGGUGACAAAGGAAAAGCGGCCACCGUUGGGGAGACAGUGACAACCCAGUGGAGUAAUAACCCUAUGGGGAAGGAGAGCGGCCCCGAGGAGGGUACUACCAAAAUGGGAGACCAAAGAAGUGAAGCAGUUCCUCCCUCAGGCGUAGACUUAUCCACAUCGGAUGCCCCACCUGCUGCGAUAGACCCGAAGAGGAACGCCCCCAACUUCAACCAAAAGAAAAAUGGGAAAAACGGAAAAAAUAGUAAAAAUGAAGAAAAGGAGAAGGAAAAACCAAAGCCAAAGCCAAACGAUUUCACAUGUAGUGUGUGCUUCAACAACGAGUUGAACAACAUAAAUAUUUUGUACAGAUGUGUCGAAUGCUCCAUUUACAUUCACAAGUACUGCUAUGGAAUAUAUCAGAAAGGAAGGAGCGAUGAAUUUUUGUGCGACAAGUGUGCAUUUAGCAAGUACUUCAAUAAGAGACGACAGCAGGGUGAAGAUCCCAGUAAGGGUAGCAGCCACUCGAAAAAGAAAAAGAAAAGCAGCAGCAGUGGAGGAGGAGGGGGAGCGGUAUCGGUGGCGACUGCUUCUGUGGCUGCUUCUGUGGCUGCUUCUGUGGCUGCUUCUGCGACUGCUGCUGCGACUGCGGCGUCGAGUAGUGGGCAGGCCCAUGACUCCAACAUGAAUAAUGACCCAUGCGAUCACCCAAGCAAGAGCGCCCUUGACACAUUGAAGGGAUUUGAAAGUUGCUGCUGCAUAUGCAAGAAGGAUGGAGGCGCCUUGAAGAAAACCACGACAAACCAGUUUGUUCACAUUUUUUGUGUUUUAUUUUUUAUCUCCAAAGUAUUUUGUUUAAAUAUUUACAAUUUGAACCUGUGGGAUGUUAGCAAUUUGAGAUCCUUCGAAAAUGUCUGUUGUAUUUGCAAUAAAAGUGGAGCUGUCAUACGUUGUGCCUACUGCGAAGAAGGCGCUCAAGGGGAACACACUCCGAGUAAUGCGAACGCGUAUACAAACCGCGCGAAGAAGGAGAAGAAGUGCAAUAAGUGGUUUCACCCCCUGUGUGCUUAUUUGGAGGGGUAUCAUAUGAAUGUUGAAAUAUACGAAGAUCUGUUUGUAAUGACUUAUUUUUACGAUAACUGCUUCUCGUGCUUCCACGUGAUCACACACUGCAAUGACCACGUCCCUCCGGGCAGCUACCAAAAUAGGGAAGCCGUUAAAUGGAAGAGGGGCAAGUCCUACCUGAGCAGCGGUACUAGCGGUGGUAUUAGCAGCGGAAACGUCGGUGGAGGAAACGGCAGUGGCAAUAACGACGGCGCCGCGUCCACCAAGUCGAGCGACAAAAACGCAAAAAAUAAGGGAAAAAACAACUGCCAAAGUAGUAAGAUCGCGACGAGCGCCCCAUGUUCACACCAGCAGAACGGCAGUAGCACCUCGCCACCUCUUCAAAACUGCUUGAACGGCAUUCUUGUAAAAGAGGAAACCAGCAACGAAAUUUGCGCGACUGAUCAGAUAGAACAAAAGCCUAUAUGUUAUAGCUAG